AGAAGUUUAGUUUCCUUUCAAAGAAGCUUUGAUGGCAUUCACCAUGAGUUUGACCUCUUCAAGCCUCAUGAACCUCAGCCUAACCCCAAGAAUUACAGUCUCACCAGGGAGGUGCAGAGCAAUCAAUUCGAGAUCCUCACUUGGGUAUCUUAGUAUCCGAGCGGUACAAGACAAUCAGGGACCAAGGAGGCUGGUUGAUAUAAUCCGGUUUGUGCCUGAGCUCUCAAGGAACUAUUUUAGAAGUCCAUCUCGCAGGGCAUUGUUUGGUGGGAUCUCCUUACUUGGUGGGUUUUAUGUAGCACAGACCAUCUCUCUCUCAUUUGGGGCUUUAGGAGUGAACGAUGUGAUUGCUGCUGUGCUUUGUGUUUUACUUACAGAGUAUGCAACUAGGUUCUAUUACAGCCGGCCGAAGGUAACUUUUCCCCUUGCCCUCCUGAACAAUUUUAAGAUGGGUUUUACCUAUGGCCUCUUCAUAGAUGCCUUUAAGCUUGCUAGUUGAGUCAAAAAUCAUCAACAAACAAUAUCAGUUAUCUAUCUCCCUUAUCUGAAAACGCACAGAGAGAGAGAAUUUAUCCUGAUUAAUGACUUCACUAAUCAAGUGGAUUUGAUCUCUUGGACGCCCAAAUAUCCUGGCCCUGUCCUUAUGGUUCUAUCCUAUCGAAUAGAAAACUUUCUAUUUGAUUCCUUUCUGCAUUUAAUCUUACAUUUCAAUCCAAUACAUUCUAUUUCUGCACCUUCCAUAUCUCUCUUUCAUGGUUCUUGGUUCUUCAUAAAUUACUUAUAAAGAUGAUCUCAAUAGCUGGCACACAGAUUUCUUUGUUCUCUUAUUUGA